AUGUUUAGGUCCAUCAAGAGAAAGACUGAGGCUGCUCUUCGCAGACGAAAGACCAACAAGUCUAUCGACCAGAUAACCCCCGUUGACGUUGACUGGCCCAUUCAGAGCGAUUCAUAUCCGCCGUCAACUUCCACGGAAGAUCGCACCGCGACUAAUACAACCGAGCCGGAAGAGGAACUGACGCCUGCUGAACAAGCGCUGCAGUUUCGAUUCAAGCAAGACGAUACGAGUGUUCUUCAUACACCCGCGCUUGUUGAAGAAGUGCCUGCAGAAGAUUCCGUGGACGAGGUUGAUGUUGCGGAACAGCUUGGGCUAGGCUCAUAUACAACUAAGUACGUUCCGUUUGUAGAAACAUCAGCCAUGCGGAGCAACAUGUUUGUCCAUUCUGCCAAUUCGCACUACGGCAUGGUUAACCCUGCCAUCAUGGGCGGCUUUGGAGACGACGACGACGACUCGAUAUGGCUGGUGGAUGACGAGGAGACUGAGGAAGAAACUGAAGAGGCAACAACGACAGUCAAGAGAGGAGAGGGUGAAGAUGAGGACGAGGAGGAAGACGAUGUAGAAAAGGAGGGGCUCGAAGAAGAGGAAGAGGAAGAUGAGCCAGCUGUCGCUUUACCACCAACGAAUCAGCCUCCCCCAGUGUCAACUGUACCUGAACCAGCUUCAACGGCCAGCCCGGACACCGGGUUCAGAUAUCGCAUUAAUCUUGCCUUAUUUGACGAUGACGAGUUUGCAGCCCCGCCAAAAGAGACAGUCACAGUUUUUGUGGACGAGGACGGAAACGAGGACGAGGACGACAUUCUAAAUCCACCGUCGCCUAGCAUCGAUUCAGCGGAGCUUUUGAGCGCCGUAAACGAAUUCCGACGCCCGGGCAGUAGCCAAGACGAGAUUGCUGCGUCCAAUGGCUCCUCUACUCCUGCUACAAGUAACCCGUACGUCGAUCUUCUUGAGCAGCAAGACUCGGCCAUGACGGUGGCAUAUCAGCGCCGUUUGGACCUGUCUGGUAGACGUGGAGAUGAUGAAGCUGAUGAUUUCAGCAAGAUCUGGACAGACAUCAGAUGUCCUGAGUGCCGUGAAUUUUUAGAUUAUACAGACAUCCAGCGCUACGCUGAUGAAGAGACAUUCAAAAGAUACGAGACGCUUGCUCUCCGGGCUGCUAUGGCUGAAGCUGAAAAUUUCUUUUGGUGCACAUCUGGCUGCGGUUCGGGUCAGAUACACGAGUCUGGCCAAGAUCAACCCAUAGUAAUAUGCCUUCACUGCACCCAUCGAUCCUGUUUCCAUCACAACGUCGCAUGGCACCAGGGAUUGACAUGCGACGAGUACGAUCAGCUGCUUGCUGACCCAGACAAUUUCCGCUCCAAGCUUGAAAUCGACAACGAAGCAUGGGCAGCUGCGCAGGAGGCACAGCUCGAAGCCGACAGAGCCAUGGCACAGGGCCUGCUGGAAGAAGAGAGGAGGGUUAGAGAGAUGAGAGAAAUGAGAGAACGUGAAGAGAGGGAGAGGACGAGGAAAGCCAUAGAGCUGGCGAGGCAAAUCGCGGCGAGGAGGAAGGCUGAAGAGGAUAUGAGCAGGGAAACCGUCGGGAGAACAACAAAACCUUGCCCCGGGUGUGGAUGGGCAAUUGAAAAGAACGACGGAUGUUCGCAUAUGACUUGCGUCAAGUGCAAGCACCAGUUUUGCUACGAGUGCGGUGCGGACCAUAAGCAGAUCCUUGAGAAGGACAAUACUGUUCAUAAGGAAGACUGUAAAUUCCAUCCGAGCCAGUUAGAAGAUUCAGCGGAGUCGGAGGUGAGAGACAAUGACGACGACGACGGGGAUGAUACUGAGGAGGGCGAUUUUGACGAGGGAGAUUUUGAAGACGAAGAGGAUGAGGAUGAGGAGGUUAUUGUUAUUAGGGGUAGUAUUAGGCGUUUUAAAUAA